CUCAAGUUUAUUGAUUUGCCAAAGGACAUUUCUGAGGCUGAACGUCUCGUGCUCAGCAUCCUUUACAGGACCUUCAUCCAGCUUCUCACCACUCGACGAAUGCAGGCGUUCACGUGGACUUCAACAAUCACCGUCUAUGAACUCAUAUUUGUGGACGACCAUGCAUUCAAUUCCGCGAUUGAAGUAGCUAUGCAAAGAAGUCUUCGAUAUGCUAAGUUAGAGCCGAACAAAUGA